CUUAUGCAACCUAAUUGUUGCUCUUCAUUAUAAUGUAAGGUGUCAUACUGCUUAGUGGUUAGUACAUUCGCCUCACACCUGCAGGGUCGGGGGUUCGAUUCCCACCGUGGCCCUGUGUGUGUGGAGUUUGCAUGUUCUCCUCGUGCUGCGGGGGUUUCCUCCGGGUACUCCGGUUUCCUCCCCCAGUCCAAAAACAUGCCUGGUAGGCUGAUUGGCGUGUCCAAAGUGUCCGUAGCGUAUGAAUGGGUGUGUGAGUGUGUAUGUGAUUGUGUGCCCUGCGAUGGAUUGACACCCUGUCCAGGGUGUACCCCGCCUUGUGCCCGAUGCUCCCUGGGAUAGACUCCAGGUUUCCCCGUGACCCUGAAAAGGAUGAAGUGGUAUAGAAGAUGGAUGGAUGGAUGGAUGGAUGGUGUCAUACUGCAAAACAGCUGUGAUGCAUUACUAUUGUGAACAGUUUAAACGUCAUGACUGAGUAUUUCUGGUGUUCUUUUGUUCUCAUUAUUAUCAUCAAAUAUUUCACUUACUGUAAAUACAGCUAGAUUCUAGAAAUGAAGUGAUACGUUAUACGACUUUUGAAUUAAACACAUGAAAAGAUUAUGGUAUUUUAUAUAUUAGAAUUGUGCAUUAGAGGUAGCUUUAGAAGUAUACCGUAUAUCUGAGGUAACUCUAUUUGGCUCCACUGUUCAGGCUUCUGUAAACUUUUCCUAUUACCGCUUAUCUGAGUUCCUGUGAAGCUUUAUUGCGUGAUCAUUCUGCCCUAUUUGAUGUUCACUUCUGAGUAAAUAUUGACUGGCCUACUUAAACAAGGAUAUAGCCUGGAGAUAUUAUUCAGGUAUGGACACAGUAUAUCAACAUGUUGUACUUCACUGUGAAAUGUCAUGCGUUAUUUAAAUAAGCUUCCUAACCCAAAAGAUUGUUGAAUAUGUAUUAAACAAAGAUGCGCUUUGGUGUAGCGUUCUCCCAGCUCAUUAACAUAGAGUUAUUAUUUUAAUUUCAUAACCUCGUAGUUAAUGACAAUAACCACAGAUUCAUAUAGUCAACUUGUUUUCACCCUCACUUGUCACCUGAAUUUCCGUGAAGUUGCUUCGUGAGAAUGUCUUCUGUGAAAUGUGCCUAUCCUUCAGUUUGGUUUGGGAGAAGAACACAGUGGUGAUACACACCAGCAGUUGUAGCAAAUCCGGAAUGUAAUCAGUCAGGAUUUGACAUUGUAACUCGGCUGGUUUCUGUGGCAGGCGGGCGAUUGAUUUCACAGUGGAAAAAUUGAGAGCAGUGUCCAUUUUAUUUAUUUAUUUAUUGCUAUUCAGGGUCAUGGUACGCUUUAACUCUGUUUGUUGCAGUCUAGCAGUGUUAACACCUUUUUGUGUGGACAGACAGCAUGUGCUUUGUUCAUCAAACCCAGCCUGAUACAUAACUCAUUAAUGCUGUUUAUUUUAUAGAGCACAGACGUCAGCUGGACCAAUGCGUGUAGAGGUGUGUUUACUUCUGGGCGUGUAGUAAUUCUCACUCAAGCGACUAAAGGCUGAUCUAGGUGUCUUUUUUUUUUUUUUUUUUGUGCUCUGAUUUUUUUAUUUUUUUUCUUUCUUCAUGACGGAAGUAGAGGUUGUCAGCUGUCUGUUUCAAGCUGGUGUGAUUUUCCAGAGUCUCACAGUUCUUGUGGAAAAUGAAGGAAACAGAGCGUUACAGACUUUACUUUUGUUUCCCCCAGGCCUUUAAAAUGUUCCAGAGGAAGAAGAAGAAGAAGAGAAAGAUAGAAAUCUCUGCACCCAAGAACUUUGAGCACCGGGUACACACAUCUUAUGAUGCUGCUCGGGGCUGUUUUGUAGGACUACCACCACAAUGGCAAAGUAUAAUAGAAACACUAAAGAGACCCAAGCCUUUGGUGGAUCCCUCCAACAUCACAUCGGUGCAACGUAAGCAGGAGAAGGACAUCGUGCGGGGCAGUUUUAUAGGACAUGGAGACUACAUUGCGUCAGCAAUCGCUGAAAUGACUAGGCUUUCUGUUACCAGCUCCAACUCACUCAGGAGGACCAGUAUGUCUGUUCGAAAACGAGCCCAGUCCUUAGGACGCCUGGGUGAACUUGUUGAAGGGGAGACAUAUCAGUAUCAGGAACUGAAUGAGAAUAAACAUAAAAACGGCCAGCCUGUCUUAGAUUGGCAUGAUUGGAGACGGCAAGUCUAUAGUGAGAGUGGAAGCCCACGUCCAGGGGCCAAAAAGAGUGCCACUCUCCAACCGAAUGGGCUGGCCCCAAGAGCCAGGUCUAUUAUUGAAGUCACUGUGGCGUCUUCGGAGAAGCCACGGCUCAUGCCAAGGGACAUUUUAUUUUUACCAGGUGCAGGUCAAGAAGCCACAUAUGCCCAGAGCGAGAGACAAGGACCUUAUUAUCCCAGUAUGGCUCAGAGAGUCAAUAAGAUCAACCAAAGGCCUAUGUCCUGCCUCUACAAUACUCCCACGUUAAGUCAAGGGUCAAAGGUCAAACCAAGGGUGACUCCCAGCUCAGCGCUUCCCCUGGUUUCUGUGGAGACCCCUAGAAGACCAUACUCCACUUAUGACCUGAAGACAAACUCAGGGGGAUUCUCAAAACCAAAUGGCACCAGCAGUCCAAAACCAGCGUAUGACAUCUAUUCUCAGUCCUCCAGCAAUACAACAGUCAUAUCUCCUAGUAAUGCCUCGGUACCCACUAUACAGGACAGUCCUUCUCAGCCUCGCCCCUCACCGACAGGCUCCCCUGCCACUUACAUUCCUGGGGCUUGCUCUCCCAGCCUAAGAACUGCUGAGCCAGCCACCAUCAUUUGUGAGCAGCCUGGGGUCACUCAUGCACAGUUCAAGGCUGCUCUGCAAAUGGUAGUGGACAAAGGGGACCCCUGCACCUACCUGGAGAACUUUGUGAAGAUCGGUGAAGGCUCAACAGGAGUUGUCUGUAUUGCACGGGAGAAACAUAGUGGGAAACAGGUAGCAGUGAAGAUGAUGGAUCUGAGGAAACAGCAAAGGAGAGAGCUGCUCUUUAAUGAAGUGGUUAUCAUGAGAGACUACAGGCAUAAGAAUGUGGUUGAGAUGUACAAGAGUGCUCUAGUGGAGGAGGAGCUUUGGGUCAUAAUGGAGUACUUGCAGGGUGGCGCUUUAACCAACAUAGUGUCUGAAACUAGGUUGUCAGAGGAGCAGAUAGCUACAGUGUGUGACGCUGUGCUGCAGGCUCUCGCCUAUCUCCAUGCACAAGGUGUCAUCCACCGAGACAUCAAGAGUGACUCGAUCUUACUAACACUGGACGGGAGAAUAAAGCUAUCAGACUUUGGAUUCUGUGCUCAGAUCAGCAAAGACAUCCCAAAGAGGAAGUCACUAGUUGGAACUCCAUACUGGAUGGCUCCAGAGGUCAUCUCCAAAACCCCAUAUGGCACAGAGGUGGAUGUGUGGUCUCUGGGCAUUAUGGUGGUGGAGAUGGUGGAUGGAGAGCCUCCAUAUUUCAGUGACACACCAAUAACUGCUAUGAAGAGACUGAGAGAUGAAGCAGCACCUUCUGUCAGAAAUACACACAAGAUCUCACCAGUGCUGAGGGACUUUCUGGAAUCCAUGCUGACAAAGGAUCCUCUGGAGAGAGCGAGUGCCACUGAUCUGCUCAAGCACCCUUUCCUGCUGCAAAGUGGCUCCCCUCACUGUCUGGUGCCUCUGGUGGAGCAGUACCGGAAACGCAUGUCCUGCUGCUGAACAGCGCUACAGGACUGCAUACAUCAGCAAAAUCAAUAAACUCUAAACAUGCCAUUUGUGAAUGUGAACCUCUUAUGUCUGUCAGUGACCAUCGUCAAUAUUUUCAAAAGGGAUGCGUGUGUAACAUUCACAUUUUUUUUUUUUUUAUUUCACCUAGUCUAACUAAAUGCCCACUAGAACCAUUGGCUUUUCUUCUUCUUUUUUUUUUUUUUAAUUUAAUUUAAAAAGUAAUUCCACAAUUUUGUUUAACUUUCACUAUACCGACUACUUUUGAGUAUUAUUCAUUACCUACCAAAAUUUUACUUAAUGACAUCACAAAGUCUAAUGUACAUCUGAGGGUUUGUUGUUUUUUUUUUUUCACUUUUAUAUUAAUGUUUAGUAUUUCUCUAAAUUCCUAAAUGUCAGUGCUUUGUUAAAAAUACCUAAUGUAUUUUUGAUUAAUGAAAAGAAAAUGGCAUGUAUUUAUUUGAUAUUAGUACAAAUCAUUUGGAAACAAUGAAUACAUCAUUUACAUGAUAAUCUGUCUCUCUGAAGUGGUGACCGAGUUGGGUAUGAAUGUUAUUCGGCUCAUUGAAAUCAUCUAUUUUGUAUUAAAUCACUUAUUUCUGACCUAAGAGCUAAGAACUUUAUGGUUAAUACAUUACUAUUACAAAUGAGAAAGGUAUUAAACCGGUCAGAGUGCCCGUGCUGACCCAUGUCCACUGCCAAAAGCACCUACAGUGGGCACAUGAGCAUCAGAACUGGCUAUGGAACAAUGGAAGAAGGUGGCCUGGUCGGAUGAAUCACAUUUUCUUUUACAUCAUGUGGACAGAUAUACAUAGUGCUGUGAAAAAGUAUUUGUGAAAGUGAAAAAGGACGUAGUCCUAUGCUUUGGAUCAUUGUCUUGCUGCAUAAUCCAGUUGCACUUGAGUUUCAACUUAAAUGCAAUAAAUAUUACUCCCAUGAUGCCCAAGCUUCACCUUCCUCACAGACGGCAUGAGGUUUUCUCUUAGGGUUUCCUGAUACUACAAUGAAUCCAUCUCGCCUUCCACACGCUGCAGGUUUCCAGUGCCAGAGGAUGCAAAGCAGCCCCAGAGCAUCACCGAGCCUCCACCAUGCUCGACUAUGGACAGUGUUAUUUCUUCAUUCUUCUUCCUCCAGACAUACCGCUGAUCCAUCGUGCAGAAAAGUUCCAGUUUUGUUUCCUCACUCCACAGAACAGAAUCCCAAAACUUCUGUGGCUUAUUUAUAUGAUUUUGAGCCGACUUUUCUUGUGAUUUUGGGUCAGUAGUGGUGAACGUCUUGGAGUUCUGGCAUGGAAACCUUCUGCGUUUAGUACACGCCUUACUGUGCUCACUGAAACCUCAGUGCAUGUUACACCAAGUCUUCCUGCAGGUCUUCUGCAGUCACUCGAGGGUUUUUCACAACCUGCCUUCUCACAAAUCUGCUUGCAGCCGUUGAUAGUUUCCUUUUUCUGCCCCGUCCAGGUAUUUCAUCCAUUUUCUGUAUUUUCAGGUAUUUCAUGUGUUCCAGCUCAAGCACACCUGGUGCAACUAAUGAAGCCCUUGAUUAGUUGCAUCAGGUGUGCUUGAGACAACACCUGUUUUGCAUAUUUGUGCUGUUGUGAGGGAUUCUAUUCAGGGGGUUGAAUAAUUUUGAAACUGGAUAAAUCAUUCUAAGUUGCAUUUUCAGUUGAAUUUGGGGAAACCACUUGAAGCACUCCUUGUGUCGAACUAUUUCAAUUGUUUUUGUUUGAUGUGUUCAUUGCAAACAGCUGAAAGUCUGUAAAUUCUGACAAUAAACAUGGUUCGCAGUGCGGGUCGAA